AGCCACUGGGCAAAGAACCGGAAACUUAGAGACAAAGUUCCGAGCCCCGCCCCUCGCCUCGCUGCCCCGCUGUCUGGCCCCGCGGACUCACGACCCACCGACCCACAACCGACUAAUCGGCCAGGCUCUCUCGUGCGCCAUGUCUGGUUCCUCUAGCGUCACCGCUAUGAAGAAAGUGGUUCAACAGCUCCGGCUGGAAGCCGGGCUCAACCGCGUGAAGGUUUCCCAGGCAGCUGCAGAUUUGAAACAAUUCUGUCUGCAGAAUGCUCAACAUGACCCCCUGCUGACUGGAGUAUUUUCAAGUACAAAUCCCUUCAGACCCCAGAAAGUCUGCUCCUUUUUGUAGUGAAACUAAUCUUUGGAGGUUUCUAAACCGCUUUUCAUGAACCAGUGAAUAUUCAAAGGAGAACUAAAUCGGAUGCCUGUACAAAAAGCGUAUCUCUAUAACAUGUGCCAUACUAUAUACAUACUUCUGCUUUUGUCAGUCCUUAACAUCUACCUCUCUGAAUUUUCAUGAAUUUCUAUUUCAUAAGGGAAAUUAUUUUAUAUACACUGGUAGCAGCAUACAAUAAAAUACUUAGUAUUAAGUGGUUUUUUUUUCUCCUUAAUUACUGGUAUUAAAUACACUAUUUGUUUUGAACACCUAAGAUAAACGGCAAUUUUCCCUUUGUCCUAUGGGUUAAGUUUUAAGUGUUUAUUCUACCAAUUCUUUCCACACACUUUAUGCCAAACACUUGCAAAACUGCUAGAGAAAUAAAUGUAAGUUGCCAACUUUCAUUCUUUUAAGGGUCAGGAGGAGGCUGCUAGUAAUACUAGUUUCUAUUUAUGAGUUAUUUACAGGGUUAACUUUGUUUUAAUAAGUAUUUCUGAUAAACUCCUUUGUAGGGGUUUUAUCAUUACACUUAAAAGUUACUUCAUAACCGAUGGCUCUUUUAAUAAAUAUAGUAGAGAAAAAGAGUAGAUGUAAGAAUUCCAUUAGAAGACUUGAGACAAUUCUUGAAUGGAAUAUAUAAUACAAUGUAAUGAGGUACAAAGUAGCCAGAAAAAAGGAACCAAAGAUAAACUUCAGUAAUUUGCAACUUUGGUUUAAGUUCUUGGGAAACUAUUUUACUUUAAAAUCUUUACCCUUCUGAAAGGCUUAAGGGAAUGUUAAAACAUCCCAGAAACCUGUCCUCCAAUCAUUCAGGAAAUGGAGUUAAAAACUAUGUGCCAAGAUUAAUAUGGUAGAAAACCAGUGGGUUGGUUCCACCGUAAUCUACCAAGCACUUUUUCUCUAGAAAAAUACAAAGUAUUUUUCUCUAGCCCACGUGUUCCAUGAAGGUGCAAAUAGGAUUGUUAGUUUGAAUCUUGAUUCCAACUUAAAUUAUUCACAAUUACCCAAAAUAAAAGAACUAAAUUUUAGGAAACUGAAAUUGCAACUUCUAAACUCUUACCAAAAUGACUUUUAUUUGUAUUUCCUAGAAAUAGUGAGUGGCAAUUCAUGGCAUUUGGUAAUCUGUCCAGACAUGAAAGAUUUAUGAAAUCAGUAAAUGAUAUUUUGAAAAGGGUCUUCUAUCACAAAUUCAAGAUAAACCUGUUCAGUAAAAUCCA